AGGGAGCGGAGCCCACUGGUGACGUUCUUGUCACGUGAUUAGGAGCAGACGUAUGCAGAAGUCCCUCUUCUUCCAGGUACCAGCAGCCACCAGAGCCUUAUCUCCGUGGAGGAAGGCAGACUUGAAACUGAACGACAGAGCAGGGCAACUGCCCUAUAGCCCGGCAGGUCUUCAGGUCUGUGAUUGUGGGCACCAAUCCAGCCAAGAAAAGGGAAGACUUGCAGGAUCAGUGCAGGACAAGCAGCAAAGGAAAAUCGCACCAUGGAAAAGUUCUACAAAGAAAAUGAAGGAAAGCCAGAAAACAAGGGAAGGGCAGAAGAUGAAGGAAGGACAGAAGCGGGAGGAAAUGCAGAUGAAGACAAGUCAGAUGCAGAGGGGAAGCCAGCACGCCAGGGGAAGCCAGGGGAGGGGGCAAAGCCAGCUGAGCAGGGACAACCAGAUGAGGGCAAGUCAGAAAAGCAGGGAAAGUCUGAAGGGGAGGGCAAGCGCCAAGGGGGCAAGCAGGAUUCCCAGGCAAAGCCAGCCAGCGAGGCGCGUGCCGCAGAAAAGCGCCCUGCUGAAGAUUAUGUGCCCCGGAAAGCAAAACGAAAAACAGACAGGGGGACAGACGAUUCUCCCAAGAACUCCCAGGAGGACUUGCAGGACAGGCAUGUGAGCAGUGAGGAGAUGAUGAGGGAGUGUGCAGAUAUGACAAGGGCGCAGGAAGAGCUGAGGAAGAGGCAGAAAGUGGGAGGUUUUCACUGGAUGCCCAGAGAUGCACAGGAUGCGCUAGUCCCCAGGGGCCAGCGGGGAGUGAGGGGAGUGAGGGGCGGAGGCAGGGGCCAGAAGGACUUGGAAGAUGCUCCCUUUGUUUAACGCCUUUGGCCCUUCCUUCUGGUUUCUUUGAUGGGAAAUGUUGCCAGCCCUGCUUUCCCUGGUAGGCAUUUGCCAGGCUCUGUGCUUUUAACCUUGUGCUAUUUUCCUUUAGGUGUCACUCUUGUUACCAGCAGACAGCACUAUGUCUUUUAGUACAGGACUUUCACCCAUGUGCAUGGAAGAGAUGGUCAUGGUACCCUGUAAAAUAAUAAAGAUAACAGUUUGCAGAACUACA